CUAUUAGUGUGCAGCUAUUGUUCACUGACUUAUCGCCCAUUCACGCGUCCCACCCACAGACGCACUUUGUGUUCCAUAUAAAUGAGCAGCAGUGGACUUCUGCAUUUAACCGCAAACACCGUCCCGGGAAUUGUCCGUUUCUCCUUUUUCGGGCGGAUUUUGGGGAUUCGGGUCUGUCUUUCUGUUUUGCUUCCACUCUUCCUCACGUUGAGUGUGUGCGAGCAGAGCGUGCUUCUGUCUGUGCUGGAACAUCAGGACAACUACACGUCAUCAGUCAUGGCCGCCAUCAGCGACUCAAACACAUGUUUUGCCUUGGAUCUGCUCCGCACUCUGAGUCAAGCUAAACCCAGUGAGAACAUCUUUGUGUCCCCGCUGAGCAUCAGCUCAGCCCUGGCUAUGGUUUACCUGGGCGCUAAAGGAAACACUGCUGCUCAGAUGGCACAGGCACUGUCGUUCAGCUCCGGUGAAGGCGUCCAUGCAGACUUUGCGACGCUGAACGCUGACAUCAACUCACCAUCAGCAUCUUACAUCCUGAAACUAGCCAACCGUCUUUAUGGAGAAAAUACUUUCAACUUCCUCCCGCAAUUCCUCGAAGCCACACAGAAGCACUACCAGGCAGACCUGAAGGCAGUUGAUUUCAUCGGGGCUCCAGAGGCCUGCAGGGAGGAGAUCAACAGCUGGGUCGAGCAGCAGACAGAAAAUAAGAUUAAAGAUCUUCUGAAGCCAGGAACAGUCAAUACUAUGACAAGAUUGGCUCUGGUUAAUGCCAUCUACUUUAAGGGGAACUGGCUGCACCGCUUUGAUGCGGCAAACACCAAAGAGAUGCCCUUUAAAAGCGCAAAGAAUGGAAAACAAAUGGUCCAGAUGAUGUACCAGAUGAAGAAGCUGAACUUCAACUACGUCCCUGAGCUCAGCCUGCAGAUCCUGGAGCUGCCAUACGUGGAUAAUGAGCUCAGCAUGUUCAUCCUGCUGCCCGAGGAGUCCAACAAUGGCCCUGACCCGCUGCUCCAGCUGGAGAAGCAGCUGACACGUGUGAACCUGGACGAAUGGACCAACAGGGAACUCAUGGAAUCUGUAGAUGUCCACGUUCACCUGCCCAAGUUCAAGCUGGAGGAAGACUACGAGCUCAGCGAGCCUCUGGCCAAACUGGGCAUGGCAGAUGUGUUCUGUGCGGCGCAGGCGGAUUUGUCCGGUAUGAACGGUGAAGGAGGACUCUUCCUGUCUACAGUGGCCCACAAGGCCUUUGUAGAGGUGAACGAGGAGGGGACGGAGGCGGCUGCAGCCACAGCGGGCAUGGUAUCAUUCUGUAUGUUCAGGGAGGAACACUUCACUGCGGACCACCCCUUCCUCUUCUUCAUCAGGCACAAUAAGACCAAAUCCAUCCUCUUCCUCGGCAGGUUCUCGUCUCCUCAGUAGACAGAAGCAGAUGUUGAAGAAGAUGUUGGGCCAUUCAAAUAAAAAUAUUUUUAAAAAAAAACACCAAAUCCUUGAAAUUAAGGCUUUAUUUACUGUGAUUUACUGUUUUGCUAAUUAAAGGACUAUAUCUUUAUCUUCUUUUACAAACAAUUAAUGAAUGAGUGUGAGGUUUCUUUGCUUGAAUUGAUUGGUUAUAAUCCUGGAUAAUACUAAAGCGAGAGACUUUGGGCUUUUAAAGUGACUCUGCUGUUAAAAGAAUUGUUUCUUCAUUAGACAGUAGUUCCAAUGAAGUCUGUGGAUUAUCCAGAGGAACCGGGACAGUUUCUUACAAAGGUCCAUUCACUGCUGCAGAAAUUUGUAUAUUUCAAGCUUUGUAAUAUUUUAAACUUUUCACAAAUCUUUUUAUGGAUUGUAAAUAAUAUUUUGUUUUGGUGAAUGCUUCAAAUUAUAAUAAUGAAACACAAAUUAAAACGUUAAAGACGAUGCAUUAAA